AUGGAGUAUCAACAAGCUAAAAAUGUUGAUUCACAACAAGUAGUAAAGUCUAAUGAAAAAAAUGGUAUUAUCACUACCAUUAUUCCUCAUAAUACUCACACUAUUCCUUAUAAUACUCCUUUUACUACUCAUAAGCAAAAACCAUUUACAAAUAAUAUAAAUAAUGUUCACCAUUCGAAUUUAAUUCAUAAUAAUAAAAAGUCUUUUAAUAUUAAAUCCCCUACUGAUAGCUUAUUAUCUCCAUGCUCUAAAAAGUUACAAGAGAAAAAAGCUAAAAACUUUAAAAGCAACAUUUUCUCUAAAGCAUUGAAAGAAGAACAGGAAAAGAUGGAAAAGUUGAAAAAUUUGCCUCGGGAUGAAACUUCUACUAAAAAUGCAGAGUUCUAA